AUGUUUUUUGUGGACCGUUGUUGGCUUGGGCGAUGGGGCCAUCGCGACUUCUUGCGUGGGCGAACCAAACGCGCUGGGGCAAUUCAUACCCGUCACACACACGGCAGCCAAGGACGGUACAAGCGUCUGUCGGAUAACUUUGGUUUGCGUGACGGUCGCCGGCACGCGUGGAAUCAUAUGAAGGGUGGUCUGGGCGUCAAGCUGGGCGGUGGACUGUUUGGUCUGCGCAUUCCGCGUCAGCACGCUCUCUCCAGCAUGUCGCGGGAGGAGUACGAGGUUGCCAUCCACGGCCAUCCUAACAUCACAAAUCCCUAUCGACAUUGCAUGUACGAGCACCCGGACUUGAAGGGUGUGAUGCGAAAUGCGUCUCUGGAUGUACAUGUGGUGCUGCUUAUGCCCCGAGUACCGCGUGUCACUACGACUGCUGUGGCGGAGGAAGUACCUCCGUUAUGGGAUGAGUUGCUUCAUCAUUUGGGCGAGAACAUCCGGACGGAGUGUUGGUCGUCGGGUCACAGCGACAGUAGUGGUAGUAGUAGUAGCGUUAAGACUUAUUUUGCAACGUUGUCUUCCUCCGUUUUGUGUCGUGAUGCAACACACGAUGCAUUGCGCGGUGCUGCGGCAUCUCUUUUUAAGGAUCUCAUGAGGGGUGCGAAACUUCGUCCACCAUCUUUUGAGGUUUUGGGAAGAAGACACGAAACGAGACGCAUACCAUUACUUGGCGCUUCCUUUUCGAAGUCUGCGGUGCUUCCAACGAGGACCGGCGCCGCGGUAACGUCUUCCACAUUGCUGUUGCGCAUGAGACAAGGAGAAUUGCCCCGGAAUGCUUCACAUGAUUGGGAGAAGAGAGGGCUUGUGUGCUGUUCAGUGAGCCCGUCCAUGCCUGUUGCUGUGACCUCCUCCAGCGGUGUUGUCCAGCGUGGAGUGCAACAGCUUCUGCGGGAUCUGCGACAGUCAUGUCCCCAUGCCCUAAAUUUGUGUAUUCGUCUGGAGGAAUUUCUACCCGCAGGGGAUGAGGAGGCCGAGGGGCAUGUGGCAAAGGCGACACCGGCAACUUCCCCUCGGAAAUUGCUGCGGGAGGAAAUGGACCCAGACGAGGUCGGCGUGUGGAAGAGACCUGCAGCGACGGUUGAUGCCCUCAUGCGAUGGCAAUAUUUUAACUGGGAUCCUCGUGCACACAGCAAGGAUGAAUUGCCGCACCACAGAAGGUGUCAGUCUGUGCACAUCUUCGUGGACGCCUCGAGGGUAAAAGGGAAGAAGGCUUCUUCCACGACGGAUUUAGCCGGCACUCGACGCCACUCCGCAGCGCGCUCGUUGAUGCCUCCACGGUUUUCGGAGAAGUUAGAGGAGAUGAACUUUAAGCGUGUGAGUCACGGGGGCCUUGCAGAGACGUUUGCGGCGCUGCGGAGGUGGUCGGUGGAUUCUCACUGGCAUGCCAUCGAAGGGCGGAGAAGAACACUUGCGGGAGAAGCGAAGAAACAUUCCCAUUUGCACUGA